AUUUCCCAAGGGCCUCAGCUGCUCUGCUCCGGGCCAGCAGUAACUUCAGCUAACUAAACAUUCAUGUUUGCUUGCUGGAAUGUGGUUAGGAGUGUCCGGUGAAGAGAAAGCAGAGGAGGGAUGUCUCCUUCUCAGAAAAUGCUGUUUUUUGAUUGGAUUUCCACAUAUUGGAAUAUGAAAGUUGCCUUUGUCUCUCUAUGAGGUUAGAAUUCACAGAUUCAGGCAUGCCAGACUACAAGAAGGGGUGAAAUAUUGGAGAAACUGGAUAAAGUUCAGUCCACUGAACCAUCAAGUAGGAAAACAUUUUAAGUGUUAAAACCACCAUGAAGGACCGCUUGGGUGAGCUACAGCAGAGGAUGAGGGACACUGGUGAAGUACGCAUAGAAGAUUCUUCCACAGUGGAGGAUGAUCGCAUACUGGUUGCUCCCCAGGCUGUGAUCUUUGAGGCAGAGCCAAUCCUGGAGAACUUCCUGAGCGAGGUGCAGCAGAUCCGUGAGGGAAUCGACGACCUGGAUGCUGAGGUCAAGAAGUUCCGCCAGCAGCAAAGGACCUUGGUGGCAGCCAUGCGGCGCUUUAGUAUCAUGAAGAAGGAAAGCAACAUCACACGGGACAUCAAGCUGCUGGCUGAGGGCCUCUACAAAAGGCUAGAUGGCCUGUCCAGGCAGGUGAAGAGCAGCGAGGCAGAAAGCGGCCCACAAUCUGCAUUGACCCGUAUCCAGAGAGCCCAGCAUGCCAGCCUCUUCCGCUACUUUCAGAGGGUCAUGAGUGAGUACAACAGCUCACUCAUCAGCAAGCAGGACAAGUGCAAGCAAUUCAUAAUCCGCCAACUGGAAGUGUCAGGCCGAGAAGUACUGGAAGCGGAAGUGGACAACAUGAUGGUGCAGGGCCACUGGGAGGUCUUCAAUGAGAACAUCUUGCAUGAGGCAAAAAUCACCCGCAUGCAGCUCUCAGAGAUCGAGCAGCGUCAUAGGGAGUUGGUGAGCUUGGAGGGCAACAUGAGAGACCUACGAGACCUCUUCCUGGAGGUCUACCUGCUGGUCGAGGAGCAGGGACAGCAUGUAGAGAACAUCCAGAGAAACGUGGAGAACACACAGGACUAUGUGGCAGCCUCCAAUGAAAAAUUCAAAAUGGCUGUCAGAUAUAAGAAAAGGAACCCUUUAAGGAGAUUGUGCUGCUGCUGUUUUUGUCCUUGGAAAAUAUGCAGAAAAGCAACUCCCAUCAAAUAUCGUGCAUCACAUGGCUGAGUACUGACCAGCAGCAACUGGAGGAACAGCACAAACGUCGCCACUGGCAACCAGUGACCAAUUGGCCCCUCCCUUAAGAACCAGACCUAGAUAUGAGCUGUGCACCCGGCUGGCGCUGGAGAAGACUGACUUAACCGACUGAGCUGCCCAGGAGUCCCGCAAAGCUCCGUUUCUGGCAAGCAGUCUGCUGUGGCAGGCUGUGGCAUUAGUGGCUUUCAGCCAAAACCAACGGAGAAGCAAUUUUUGUUUGGCAAAAACUGAAGGAAAGGGGCACGGUACACUUUGAGAGGAUGGAGAGGAACAAAGGCAAAGCUGGAUGGGAAACAGGAAGCACGGCAGUGACUCAAAUCAUACCACGCUUUCUGUAUCCUCAGCAGCGUCACAAAGCUGAAAGGCAGCCUCCUGUCGCUUUGGAAAAUACAUUCAAUGCCUAAGAAGCGUGUGAUCAAUUCACAUGAAAUGAAAAUCAAAAAUGAUACAGGCUUAAACACACUUUGUGUAGAUUAUUUGUACUCUGUCAUUCCCAGAUGUGAAGUUUUUGUCAA